AUGCUGCAAGCUCAGCAUCCCUAUCAGUCACAAUACUCCCAGACAGCCGAUACUUGGCAGCAACAUGGGAACCAACAUAACCCCCAUCAAGGUUUGAACCACGCCCAACAGCAAGCCCAGACAGCCCAGCAGCACUACACGCGCAUUGCAGUCAAUCAGAACAAUACGCCGAGGGAAAACAACAGCAACAACCAAACCACAAACACUUCCCUUGGAGCCAUGAACGAUCAGAGCGGUAAUGGCGUUGAUCAAAUGUCCGAGGAGAACCGCCGGGUACUGCAGUGGGUAGCAGACCUCAUGGAACCCUCCCGAAGAGAGACUGCUCUUAUGGAGCUCAGCAAGAAGCGGGAGCAGGUCCCUGAAUUGGCUUUGGUUCUGUGGCACAGCUUUGGUGUCAUGACUAGCCUGUUGCAAGAGAUCAUCUCGGUCUACCCGUUGUUGAACCCUAGCCAGCUCACUGCUGCAGCCAGCAACAGAGUGUGCAAUGCUCUAGCUCUCCUACAAUGCGUUGCUAGUCACAACGAGACGCGCGGGCUGUUCCUGAAUGCGCACAUUCCUCUCUUCCUUUAUCCCUUCCUCAACACCACCUCCAAGUCAAGACCAUUCGAAUACCUUCGUCUCACCUCAUUGGGUGUAAUUGGCGCCUUGGUGAAGAAUGAGCCCAAUAAUUCCUCGCCUACUAUAACGUUUCUCCUCACCACCGAGAUCAUUCCGCUCUGUCUUCGUAUCAUGGAGACAGGCAGUGAGCUGUCUAAAACGGUGGCGAUAUUCAUUGUGCAAAAGAUCUUGCUCGACGAUACCGGCCUCGGCUAUAUCUGCGCCACUUACGAGCGCUUCUAUGCGGUGGGUACGGUGCUCAGCAAUAUGGUUGUGGGCCUCGUCGAGACUCAAACGGUGCGCUUACUCAAGCACGUCGUCCGUUGUUUCUUAAGACUCAGCGACAAUAACCGCGCUCGCCAGGCUCUACGACAAUGCUUGCCUGAGCCUCUGCGUGACGCGACUUUCUCCAACGUCCUGCGUGAUGAUGCCGCUACGAAACGAUGCCUGGCGCAACUGCUCAUUAACCUGAGCGACACUGUCACCGACACACAAAACGACCAGUUUGAGUGA